AUGACGAUUGCCAAGAAGCCCAGCAAGAAGAUUAAGCAUAUGCAAUUGUUUGACAAGGGAACGAAUGAUGAUGUGGUGAACGUGCGAGAGGAGUAUGAAUGCAAAUAUAUGAGAGAUGUAUUCCUGGGAAACGAUAUGACCUUCAUAGGGGGAAAGGUUAUCAAUCAUGCUAUCCCCAACCUGUCCGAAGCGACUAUUCAGGAUGUAAGCGAUAUGUCUAAAUGUAUCAGCUGCGACGUGGUGGAGAGUUGGCUGCAUCUGGUCAAAUGGAGUUCUGAAUGCGUCCGGGACACUGUUGUAGCAGGCACAUUAAGCAUCGGAAAAUUGACUUUGUCUCCACCUAUUUCUAUCCCAAUCUGGAAUUGCUACACACUACUGGUGCUGCAUCCAACACCAGAAGAGAUGGAUACAGGUAUAUGUUUGAUUCCCGUGUUUAAACCCGGACACUGGUGUUUGGCAAUUGCCUACAUGGGAGAAAGACGACUGGAAUUGUAUGACCCCAAGGGGAUGACCGGUAUCGGCGUUUUGAACCAGAUUGAAGGCUUCUUGAAAUAUCUCCGCUACAAAUGGCAGACAGACGAUAGCUUAGAGGGUGCAUACGAGAAGCGAGUUAUGAGAGAAGGACAGGUGCCAAUUCAGGAAGAUAGCACAUCAUGUGCAAUAUUUCUGUGUGUAAUCGCCAACAAUGUAGCUGCUGGAGAGGGCAUCGACAACUUUGGACAGAAGGACAUACCCAUCAUACGACAAGGAAUAGCUAAGUUGCUGAGGGGGUUGUAUGGGUAUGGGAACUGGGAUGAGGCAGACGGCAACGGUUCAAGAGGCUCCGAUACUGGCAGUGGUAGGUUUCAUCAAGCAAAAGCAUCACACAGUGAACCCGCUGCUGCCACGGCCGAAGUCAGGGUGAUGUCAGCUAUAGAGAUAAUGUGA